AUGGAUGAAAAGGCCGCCCGCCAAAGCCGAGAGCAAUCGACAUCAGCGCCAGCCACGCUCGCCGCCGAACCGCCAUCCUCGGGCUCUAGUGCUUCCUCGGUGGGUCACAAGAGGGAAGCAACUUCUUCUCCAGUUGGAUUACCUCCUCAAAAGUCAUUCGACUCUGGAGAUGAUGGUCAAAGCCGCGCCAUCCAUCCCGAUAUCGACCAUGAAGAGGCAGAAGCAGCGGAUCCUGGCCAUGAGCUUGAUGUCGAACUUGGCAGAGCGCACGGCAUAGAAGACAUCAGGCGCAUCGAAACUCGUGGCAGCGUCAAAAGCAAGGUUUCCCGAGUUUUGAGCGUCGUCAGCCGCCGCAAGGCCAAGGAGCGUGAACGAAUCCCCUUUGCCCCCGUACCCGUCACCAAUCUUGACCAAGGCAUUGUCGGCUGGGAAGGUCAGGAUGACCCAUUGAUGCCGCUCAACUUUCCUAACCGCAAGAAAUACCUUAUCCUCUGCCUGCUCUCAGCCAUCACCCUGUUGACACCCUUCGCAUCGUCAAUUUUGGCCCCGGGUAUCACCUAUUUGAACCGAGAUUUUGAAAAUGACAACGAGAUUGUGGGCGCCAUGACAGUUAGCGUGUAUCUGCUUGGCUAUACCGUCGGCCCAUUGUUCCUGGCGCCGUUGAGUGAAAUAUAUGGGCGGAGGGUUGUUUUGAGUGCCGCAAACUGGUUCUUUUGCGCCUGGCAGAUUGGUUGCGCCUUGGCGCCGACGAUUGAGUCACUAAUAGUGUUUCGAUUCCUCGCUGGCGUGGGUGGUGCUGGAUGCUUGGUAAGUCUCGACUUGGGAAAAGACGAUGGUCGCCCAACUGUUGGCCCCGUCAUUGGUGGCUUCGUAUCUCAAACUAUCGGGUGGCGCUGGGAUUUCUGGAUCGUGCUGAUCAUAUCCGUCGUGGUAUGCGGGCUUACAGAGCUCUUCAACCAGGAAACGAACCCUCGCGUUUUGAUUGAGCGGAAGGUGAAGCGGCUCGCCUCGGAGUCGGGCCGGAAAGAUCUGAGGAGCUGUUUCGAGACCGGAGAGCAGAUGAGCCAGAAGCGUAUUCUUCUCAAUGGUCUUGUGCGGCCGACCAAGAUGCUCUUCCUGUCACCGCUCGUCUUUUUCGUCUCCAUUUACAUCGCCUUCACCUAUGGUACGCUGUAUCUGCUCUUCACCACUAUUCCCCUCGUGUUCCAGGAGACUUAUGGCUGGAGCAUCGGCAUAACGGGCCUCAUCUACAUUUGUCUGGGCAUUGGAAACAUGUGCGGGUGGGCGGUUGUCACGGCCACCUCAGACAAGGGUGUUCACGUUGCUGCCCAUCACCUUCUUCUGGUACGGCUGGACGACACACUAUCACACGCACUGGAUCGUGCCAGUUAUUGCCCUGUUCCCUUUUUCGUUUGGAAUCAUUGGAAUCUUCAUCCCUCUGACGACAUACCUCAUCGACUGUUAUCCAAUAUACGCUGCAUCAGCUAUAGCAGCCAACACGGUCGCCCGCAGCUUGGCCGGGAUGUUGCUUCCACUUGCCGGGCCGUCCAUGUACGAGAAUCUUGGAUUGGGUUGGGGCAAUUCGUUACUUGGGUUCAUCUGCAUUCUCAUGAUUCCCGUACCGCUAUUGCUCGGCAGGUAUGGGGCAAGGUUGAGAAAGAUGGGCCUCCAGUUGUAGACCAGGAAUUUUGGGUAACGAUAUCACUUCGGGCGCGGUUCCGCCAAGUUGGCAGAUGGCUUCAGCGGUGUUGGGUUGCACUGUUAUACAUGCCCGUGUUGCAUCUCGAGGAGUUUAGGUUACCGGUAGGUUGUUGA